GCCGGAAGCUCCCCAGAGUCGGAGCUGCCCACGCUGCGGGAGCACCUGGUCUGUUCUUUGAAGCCCUCUCUACCCCGGCAGCUGCGAGAGAAGGAGGCCCCCAAGGCAGGGCCCACUGGGCCCACCUCCUGGGCAGACCUUCGGCAGAUGGACGACGCCGCCCUGGCGCGCCUGGCGCGGCUUCUGGCGGCCAGGGAGCGGCUGACAGAGCUGGAGGCUCUCUUGGCCCGGCGAUCGCCGGCGCUCUCCGAGCACUGGACUGCCAUCCUCAAUGCCGUGCCAGAAACAGCAGAGGUUGCCUCGCUGCAAAGAUUGCUCCCACUUCCGGACGACGGCCGGGAUGGCCUGAUAAAGGUGGCCGAUGCGACGGGAUGGUACCUGGAGCGUGCCUUCAGGAUCGUCUCACGCACAGGCCUCUGCCGUGUGGCGCUGGAGUUGUUGCAGUUUGGCAUCCACGCCCUGCUGGGGGUGCCUUGGGCCGUGCCUUCGGGGGAGUUGACGGCGGCAGACCUGCCCGAUUCGGCGGAGGUCUUCGACCCCGGGCCCUUGGUUCAGCUUUGCGGCCUUUUCCGCCUUGUUGCAGAGUACCACCUCUACCUUCAGGCGAGCUACAAAGAGAUGCUCGAGAGUGGUUGGCCAAAGGAUCAGCCGCCACCGGUGCAGUCGCUAAUCUCCCUGCUGGACUUUGCCGAGAGCCGGCCAGCGGACCGCGCAGGCCUGGUCCUGCGAUCUCAGCAGCCGAAGACGGUUGUGGAAGACGUGCGGCGAUGGCUGAGAGCAACAGAUCUGUCACACUGUGACCUUGAGGUGCUCGAUGUUGGUCUUGAUGGACUUGCCGCACCAUCUUCGGAGGAGCGGCUGCGUUCCGCAGCCCAAGCGGCUGCAGGAUAUUCAGCCGAAGAG